AUGAUGCUUCCUCGCUUGUUCAGCCUUUUGGCCGCUACUGCUGGCGUCGCCAGGGCCGUAAACAUCACCGGCUACGAGUAUGUUGUCGUUGGCUCCGGUGCUGGUGGUGGUCCCCUGGCUGCACGCCUCGCCCUGGCUGGCCACAAGACUCUGCUGCUGGAAGCUGGUGACGACCAGGGUCAAACUUACAACUAUAGUAUCCCUGCCUACUCGGCGAGAGCCUCCGAGGACGAGAAGCUUGCGUGGAACUUCUUCGUUCACCACUAUGCCGAUGACGAGCGCCAGGCCCGCGACUGGAAGACCAGCUACGAAACUCCUGAUGGCGACCUGUACACCGGACUGAGCCCCCCGGAAGGGUCUAAAGUGAAGGGAACCCUCUAUCCCCGCACAGGUACCCUCGGAGGAUGCACAGCCCACAACGCCCUGAUUGCAGUCUACCCCCACCAGUCCGACUUUGAAUACAUCUCGACUUUGACUGGCGACGGCUCCUGGUCCCCCGAUAACAUGCGGAAAUACUUUACCAAGCUGGAGAAAAACAACUACCUGCUGCCUGGGAUGGAGGGCCACGGCUACGAUGGCUGGUUCUCCACCGAGACCGCUCCGCUGAGCCUCGUCCUCAAGGACCCCCAGCUGCUCAGCAUGCUCACUGGCGGUGCUUUUGCUCUUGGAAACCUGACCGAUAACAUCUUCAACAUCGGAACGCUGCUCGCUGGUGAUGCCAAUGCCGAUACCUCGACUCGUGACACCAAGUCCGGUUACUAUCAGAUUCCCGUCUCGACCGACGAUGCUCACCGAAACGGCGCUCGUGAAUUCAUUAUUGCUGUCCGGGAUGCAAAGAACGAUGAUGGCUCCAAGAAAUACCCUCUCGACGUCCGCAUGAACACCCACGUUACCAAGGUGGCCUUCGACGAGAGCCACGACACCCCCCGUGCUACUGGCGUCCACUUCCUCGACGGCAGGUACCUCUACAAGGCCAGCCCGUUGUCGAAGACCGCCUCUUCUGGAGUCCCUGGCUUUGCAUCUGCUUCUCGCGAGGUCAUCGUCGCCGGCGGUGUCUACAACUCCCCCCAGAUCCUCAAGCUGAGUGGCAUUGGCCCGGCUAAGGAGCUGAACCAGUUCGGCAUCAAGGUCAUCAAGGACCUCCCCGGCGUCGGCACCAACCUCCAGGACCACUACGAGAUCUCCGUCCAGGGCAAGAUCGAGAACGACUUCUCCUGCCUGGACGGCUGCACCUUCAGCAUCCGCGACCAGGAAGACCCCUGCAUCGACCGCUGGGAAUCGCCCGUCCUCGGUGACCGCGGCAUCUACUCGUCCCCCGGCCUCGCCGCUACAAUGCUCUACAAGAGCUCCGUCACUGCAGACAACAGCUUCGACAUCUUCUGCUUCGGCGGCCCCGUCAACUUCCGCGGCUACUUCCCCGACUACAGCAUCAACGCCACCGACGAGCAUAACUGGUUCACCUGGGCUAUCUUGAAGGCGCACCCGCGCAACACCGCCGGCACUGUGGCCCUGCAGUCCGCUGACCCCCUCGACAUGCCCAAGAUCACCUUCAACUACUUCGACACGGGCGUCGGCGACCACGACGCUGACCUGACGGCUCUGUACGAAGCCAUCGAGCUCGCCCGGGACGCUAUGCACCGCCAGCCCAUCAACGUCACAGAGGUCCUCCCCGGCGCGGCCAUCACGUCCAAAGAAGACAUCGAAACCUACGUCAAGGACGGCGCAUGGGGCCACCACGCCUCGUGUACCUGUCCUAUCGGUGCUGACGAUGACCCCACGGCUGUGCUGGACUCCAAGUUCCGCGUCCGUGGUGUCGCGGGUCUCCGUGUUGUUGAUGCGUCUGUUUAUCCCAAGAUUCCUGGGACUUUCACGGCUGUGUCGACUUAUAUGGUUGCGGAGAAGGCGGCUGAUGAGAUCCUCAGCGGCCUUGCUAGCUCUUGA